AUGUUGGCUGCCGACAAUUAUGCAAACAUGUUCGAGAUAGCAGUAAGGAGUGCUGAAAAAUUGUCACAACGCUUUGGCACUUCUUACAGUGUCGGUAUAGCAGCAAAUGUUUUGUAUCCAAUGAGUGGUACCAGUUUCGAUUGGGUCAAGAACUACACUAACACCAGAAUAUCUUACUUAAUUGAACUCAGGGACAUGGGAGAAUUUGGUUUCCUUCUUCCAGCUUCACAGAUUAUACCCAACAACUUAGAAGUGAUGGACGGCCUAAUAGAAAUGGACAAAACUACGAAAUUGCUGGGCUAUUACACUACAGCAGAUGCAUCAAAGAUAUUUUACUCACUUAGUGUAGUAAUAUUUGGAUUAAUGGCUAUAUUAGUUGUUUAA